AUGUUUCUCUCAUUCCCAAAACUCCCAUCAGUGGUCCAACUCGAAGUGCUAAAACAACUAGAACUCCAGGAGAUAUUCUUGUUAAGUCUAUGCUCAGAAAAAAUGAAAAGAGCCGUUCAAUGUCUCAACAUGAAGCCAACAAACCUUAUGUAUUUUUUUCUGGAGAAUGGAGUUGUGGUAGGUGCGAGAUAUGGCAAUGAUCCCAAUCAGAUUGACCAUAAUGUUGCCAACGUGCAGUUUGUUCCAACCAUCCCUAGUGAUGAGAUGAAACCUAUGAAGUUAGGAGGCAACACAAUUAGUUGCAGAUGUAUCGAAACAUCUCCUGAAAGAAAAUCUUCCCACGCAUUACACUAUCUUGCAUCAGAAGAAAUUACAGUUCUUCAGUCUCUCCAACGUCAUAUGAAAGACCUGUUCCGAUUCGACACCCGCGUUCAACUGGUGUUAUACUCCCUUCAUUAUAUGAACAUGUCUCGCAUCAUCGAUGACGUCACCAACACUACUUUUGAUGUAGAAGAAUUGGAUACAGAGCAACUUGAGAACUAUCUAACUAUUCAUCCAGGGCAGGAUAGUCUUGUACUGGCGACGAAACUCACUGGACCACUGUUGAGAAGCGAUUCGAUAUUGUGUUCAAUCAAAACGUUAGCUCUUCAUGGAUUACAAGAUACAGAUGGUUUAAUCAAUCUUUUCCUUUGGGUUGAGUCUCGUCGAAACCCCCGCCUACAGUUUUCGGAAGUCAUUAACAACUUCGGUGGAAAAUAUCUGUUCUUAACCGAUGUUGUCUAUGAUGUCACAGAUUUGGCGCAAUUAAUCUGGAAAUGGAAGAGUAAGGAGGCCUACCACAAUUUGAAAUUUGUUUCCUCAACACCACCCACAGGAACCGCUAUAGGUUUUGAGCACGCUAUGCAACAAUUCGAUUUCGUGGAGUGGGAUGGUCAGCGUAGACCGCGGACUUUCAAGUUGGAUCCAAAAAUUAUCAAUCUCCAAUUAAACUCUUUUGAAGAUAUUGACUGCUCCGAGUGGAUGGAUAUCCAACAGGACGGAGGCGGUAAAUGGGCUUCUAUUAUGUUGUCACAGAUUGAAAUCGGGUUUGUUGUCUGGGACUGA